AUGUUCUCUCGCCUCGCCGCCUUUGUCGUCGUUGCUCUCCCCAUUCUUGCGGCCGCCACCCCCCUCGAGGGACGCAACGAGCCCGCCAGCUCCUGCGCGACAGCCCCCGUCCAGUGCUGCGACACCGUUGGGAAGGCCAGCGACCCCUCUAUCUCCAAGGAGCUUGGUUUGCUCGGUGUCGUCGUCCAAGACGUGGACGCCCUCGUUGGCCUCACCUGCUCCCCGAUCACCGUCAUCGGUGUCGGCAGCGGUAGCUCCUGCUCGGCCAACGCCGUGUGCUGCGAUGACAACAGCUUCGGUGGUCUGGUCUCCAUCGGCUGCGUCCCCAUUGACCUCUAA